AUGCUCCCCUACAUAAUCCUAUCCAUUCUGGUCCGGUUAGCAGGAGCACAGAGUGGUGGCAAAGUGCUCGAGAAGUAUGGAAAGCAAGUGCAGCUAUCACCACCAACAACAUCAUCCUAUCAAGAGUGGUUCGACUCGAAUCGAGUGCAUAGUACUAGAAAUAACACAAACAUUGAGGAUUUCAAAACUCAGUUGAGGAGAAGUUUGGAAAAUACAACUGCUGCAUAUAACUCGACGUUCAUGCAGCAGUUAGUAGAGGAGCGGCAAAGGUAUCUGGAGAAAUUAAAUGAAGGUCAAUUUAUAAACGACCAGCGGCGGUUGGUAGAGGAGCUAUUGGAUCCAAAUUUCUACGAGAAAACCGUACACCCGCGAAAAGACUAUACCCAGCCGACGAGAAUCAAUUUAAGCAUGAGUUUGUAUCAGAUUUUGGAUGUGGACGAACAUAUGCAGAGCAUUGAGGUGAAUGUUUGGAUGGUCCAACAUUGGUACGAUGAGUUCCUAGAUUGGAAUCCAGUGGAUUACGGUAUGAUUAACCGGACCAUAGUGCCGUAUAACCAGAUUUGGAUUCCGGAUACUUAUUUGUACAAUAGCGAAGAGUUGGAACAAAAAAAGACGGAAUCUCUGAUGAAUGCUCAGCUGGAAACGGGGCAUUGGAGCCAGAAGAAAAAUGGCGCCAAAGUUCAGCUAAUGUUCCCAGCGAUUUACAAGUUAUCAUGUCGAAUGGACGUUAGAUGGUUCCCAUAUGAUAGGCAGAAUUGCACAUUUAUCAUUUCUAGUUGGACGCAUGAUAAGCAAACAAUAGACUAUUGGCCGCUAAGCUCUCAAGUGAAUCUUGGCAAUAUGGCGCGAAACGACGAAUGGGAAGUGAUAAGUUUCGAAUUCGUACGAGUCGAGGAAUCAUUCAAAUGUUGUGCUGCUCCAUGGGUCAUGUUAUAUGCUCAUUUGGUGAUAAGAAGGAAGCCACUGUAUUAUAUGAUCAAUUUGGUGAUUCCUACAAGUAUUAUCACUAUUGUCGCGGUCACUGGAUUCUUCACACCUACUAGUUCAUCUAGUGAACGCGAUGAGAAGUUGUACCUCGGAAUCAACACCCUUCUCACAAUGUCGGUUAUGAUGCUGAUGGUUUGUAACCAAAUGCCAUCCACAAGCACCUAUGUGCCUUUAAUGAGUUGGUACUACAUUGGUAUCAUUAUGGUGAUAGUGGUUGGCACAUUUUUGGCGACUGGCGUUUUGGCGAUUCACGGACAGAAGCAUUAUAAUAAACCGAUUUCUGAUAGGGUACGGAAAUUGGUUUAUAAUCCGGUGGUCGAGUUUUUUAUAUUGAGCCCGCCAACGUCCCUAAUCGAUUUAUGGACCGAAUUCGGAGUGAUCUCCGAGCAGCGACACUCCACUCAUUUGGAUCCGUUACUAGUGCAAAUGGAUCCAGUAACGGCGCACGAUCCUCAACACUUCUUCGGAUCCAUCUCAUCACAAAUGUGUGAUCUGCAAUCGACGUAUAGUUAUACAGCUCGACUGGCGACAAUCACCCGACAGUACACACAACAUGCAAAAAUGAAAGCGCUCCGAAAGAAUCAAUAUCGAAUGAGUAUGGACACAAGUCAGGCGAGGAGUGUGAAGAAGCAAAAAAUGCAGAGGAGAUGCUCAUUAGAAUGGGAAUUCCUGGCCAAUGUACUGGAUCGCAUUCUGCUAACCGUCUUCUGCGGGUUUACAUUUGCAGUCUUCGUGAUUUUGGUUGGAUUCGACUCGUUUUUUACGGUUCACACUAAAUCUGCACACAAAUAG